GGUAAAACCAGAGUAGCGUUUUAAGCAAAAAUUCAUCCGUUAAAUCACACGCCAUCAGCUUCUAACGUAAGCUUCCUUCCUUAAGAGACGUUUAAAAGGGAACUCAAAUUGAAUUCAGCUAGAACACAAAUAUUCCUCUUUCCCCCCUUUCUCUCUCUACAAUGUCUCAGUUUCACUUCCCUCUCUCACUUCCUUAGAGUUUCUCAUUUCCCCCCUUUAUACGACGGUUACAGUUCAUGCAUUUUUCCAUGAAUCAAUGUCAAUCCCAUAGAUCUACUCUUCAGUUGAAGGAUUGAAUAGGUGAAGGACAAUGUUAGAAACGGGAAUGGAAGACGAUCAAUUACUGGAUUUGAAUAAGGAUGUUGGAUUUGCUUCGUACACUUCGAUUUCUGACAGUAGUUCUGAAACAUCCCGUUCUAUAUCACCUUCUGUUAACUUUUUUAAAAGGAGAGCUGGUCCUACUAAACGUGCAUCACAGGCUGGUUGGACUGAGGAAGAGGAUAUUAUAUUAACAGAUGCUGUGGAAAAGUACAAUGGUAGAAAUUGGAAGAAAAUAGCUGAAAGUAUUCCUGGACGGACUGAUGUUCAGUGUUUGCAUCGCUGGCAAAAAGUUCUUAAUCCAGAACUUGUGAAGGGACCUUGGACAAAAGAGGAGGAUGAAUGUAUUAUGGAAUUGGUCAAGAAUUGUGGAUCUAGGAAGUGGUCUGCCAUUGCGAAGUUCCUUCCAGGCCGUAUAGGCAAGCAGUGUCGAGAAAGAUGGCACAACCAUUUAAACCCUUCUAUAAAGAAAGAAGCAUGGACCAAAGAAGAGGAGUCAAUCCUUACUCAUUACCAUCAAUUAUAUGGAAAUAAGUGGACUGAAUUAACAAAGUUUCUACCAGGAAGGACUGACAAUGCAAUUAAAAAUCACUGGAAUAGCUCUGUGAAGAAGAUGAGGUUCGAUCUUAAUUAUCCGUCCGCCGAUCUUCUGAAUAUGCUAGAGUUGCAGGAACUUGGAUGCCAAAAUGAAUCAAAGACAUUGGAUGUGGAAGAAGUCAAACCAAAGACAUGUAUUAAUAAUGGGAUAGUAGUGACUUCCAGUAUGAGAACUGAUGAUGAACCGGUGACCCCAGUUUCUAGGAGGAGUAUUCAUUUUAAUGAAGAGCAUGCUAAAAGCAGCGGUGGAUCACCAGGAGAUUCUCUUUCAGAUGACUCAAUAUUUGAAUCUCCAAAGAGGAACAUUAUAAAUUUUGAUCCAAUCACUGAGCUGAAGCUAGGUAGCAGCAUAAACAAUGAUGAUGAUGAUAGUAGUCAAGUUUGCAAGAAAAAAAGAUUAACCCUGAAGGAUGAGUCAGGUGUGCUGGAACUAGGAUUCUCUUGCAGCAGCAGUAGUCCAGAAUCCAUGUUGAGGAGCUCGGCAAUGCGAUAUAAAAACACUCCUUCUAUAAUAAGGAAGAAGAGGGCUCCUCCUCCUCCUCCGCAAAUGAUGAUGGUAUCAUCAUAUAUCCAUGAAUUCAAAAAGGAAUCACAGAUUUAUCACAACAAUUCAACAAGACUGUACACCACCAAUAAGCCUUUGGAAAGAAAUCUGGCACGUGAGUUUAACGAAGAACUUGAUUUGGCUGCAUUAUAGAUAUAUCAAAGCCUCACUAAAUUCCCGCUUCUUCUGCCAUUGCUCUUUGGUUGGCCAUAAGGAAUCUGCUGCUGUAAAAUAGGUGUUGGGGAUAAAUAAGAUGAUUUGAUUGAACAACUAAAGAAGAUCUAGACAUCAGAAAUUUUCCAUUUGCUGUUAUUACCAAACUUUAAAUGUUUUUUACAACCUAGAAAUAAUCUACAUUUCUCCUGUUUUUUGAAGUCUUUGCAUAACUGUUUACCCUUAUAGUUUUAAGAAAUUAGUUACAUGGUUCAUGUCUACAUCUAAAGGAUUCAUGGUUCCCAUACCUUUCACUUAGGUAUUGUUUCAAAUGGAAAUAGCAACUUCAUUUUGGUUUUG